AUAAAUAACAAAAAACCAGGUGUGUAGGUCGUCAAUUAAUUUUGCAUGUUGCAAAGACAAUGAAGAUGAAUUCGCGAGCUUUAAUAGUUUGGUUUCUAUUGUUGUCGGCUGUUUUCGCCAUCAAGGUUGUUGCCUCCAUCGAUGACACAAAACAAGUUGGUGAAAACCAAGUGGAGGAGUCAAAGUCGACAUGCAAGUAUGGAAAUUGUGCACAGUAUGGAGAGAAUCAUUUUGUAGAAACAGAUGAAGUCCUUGAUGGGGAAGAAGAAGAAGAAUCCAAAAAUAACCAAGGUGGAAUUGGGAGAGGCCAAGGAGGACAAAAAGGCGGUGGUGGUGGUGGCCAAGGAGGACAAAAAGGCGGUGGCGGUGGUGGCCAAGGAGGACAAAAGGGUGGCGGUGGUGGCCAAGGAGGACAAAAGGGUGGCGGUGGUGGCCAAGGAGGACAAAAGGGCGGUGGCGGUGGUGGCCAAGGGGGACAGAAGGGCGGUGGCGGUGGUGGACAAGGGGGACAGAAGGGUGGUGGUGGGGGCGGCCAAGGAGGACAGAAGGGUGGCGGGGGCCAAGGAGGACAGAAGGGUGGCGGGGGCCAAGGAGGACAGAAGGGCGGCGGUGGCCAAGGAGGACAGAAGGGCGGCGGUGGCCGCGGCCAAGGAGGAAUGAAGGGCGGCGGUGGCGGCGGCCAAGGAGGACAUAAGGGCGGCGGAGGUGGUGGUGGCCAAGGAGGACACAAAGGCGGUGGAGGUGGUGGCGGCCAAGGAGGACACAAAGGCGGUGGAGGUGGUGGACAAGGAGGCGGUGGACACAAAGGCGGCGGUGGUGGCCAAGGAGGACACAAAGGCGGUGGAGGAGGUGGUCAUGUUGGUGGAGGCGGCAGAGGAGGUGGAGGUGGAGGUCGUGGGGGUGGUGGAAGCGGAGGAGGAGGUGGUGGUGGAAGUGGCCGUGGAGGAGGUGGAGGCGGUGGGAUGUAGGAUAUCUCUGCCUAUACUAGCAAGUUUUUCUUUAAAUGCCAAGUGUUUACGUAUAUUAAACUAUAAUAAAGUUACAUAAGCACGUAUGAAUCGCACCACUUUUCCGAAUGUUUAUAGGAUCAUGAAAGUUUUAUGUUUCUCUAAACGUAUUAUCACAAUAUUAUCUGUUAAUAAUCUGUCGG